UCGUUUGCUCAUUUGUGGUUCAAUGUUGUUUGCGUUACAAACUGUGAAAUAAUUGGAAUUUUCAGGCGUUCUUUAAAGUAAUUUUGCCUUGCAAGGCCUAUGAUAAACAAGUCUUACCUUCUAUAUACUCCUUCACCCCGCAUCUGGUUGAUAAAAUGAACCAUGGUGAAUGUUAUGAAAGGAGUUCUCGUCGAAUGUGACCCGGCUAUGAAACAAUUCCUUCUUCACUUGGACGAGACCUUAGCCCUUGGCAGGAAGUUUAUUCUUCAAGACCUGGACGAAACACAUCUGUUCAUAUCAUCAGAUAUAGUGGAAACACUACAAGCUCGAGUGGAUGAUUUGAUGGAUCAACUUAGCAUACCAGUGCAUGACAAGGGAAUGUAA